UAUCUUCUCGUGAAAUUAACAUACACAUUCUCCACACGUAUUGCCACGUAAGCCGCUCCAAUAUCCUCUUCCCUCUUCUCGUUGUUUCCGUUUUCUUUUUCAAGCGGUGAAGAACAAAGCGCGGAGCAGAGGCAACUAUGGGGGUCUCUUUCCUCUCAACUUUCCCUUCUCUGCUUCAUCUCUCUUCUCUGAGCAAUCCCAAUGCUGGCACUCACAGAUACCCUUCCUCUCGUGCUGGUCCCAUCCGUUGCAACAAAAUUGAGACCGAUGUUACUGGUGGCGAGAAUGUUUUCCGGCGAAGAGACGUUUUGAAAUGCUUUGGAGCUGCGAUUAGCUUGGAAUUAAUAACGAGCUCAGGAUCAUUCACUGAAAUGGCUAAUGCUGCUGAUUUGAUCCAACGCAGACAGCGCUCUGAGUUUCAGUCAAGUGUUAAGCAGACUAUUUUUACAGCUAUAAAGGGAAAGCCUGAAGUUAUUCCAUCAAUUCUCACCCUGGCACUGAAUGAUGCCAUGACUUUUGAUAAGGCUACAAAAUCUGGAGGCCCAAAUGGAUCUGUACGGUUCAGCUCAGAGAUAAGCAGACCUGAAAACAAGGGACUCUCCGCUGCUCUUGAUUUAUUAGAAGAAGCAAAGAAAGAGAUAGAUUCAUAUUCCAAGGGCGGACCAAUCUCCUAUGCAGAUCUUAUACAAUUCGCAGCACAAAGUGCACUUAAGUCCACAUUUCUAGCUUCUGCCAUUCGCAAGUGUGGUGGUAAUGAAGAGAAAGGGACCUUAUUAUACACUGCUUAUGGUUCUAAUGGGCAGUGGGGCUUGUUUGAUAAACAAUUUGGACGGACGGAUACACAAGAGCCAGAUCCAGAAGGAAGGAUUCCGCAGUGGGAGAAAGCAACUGUCCAGGAAAUGAAAGACAAGUUCAAAGCUGUUGGCUUCGGUCCUCGCCAGCUAGCAGUUAUGUCUGCAUUCUUAGGUCCUGAUCAAGCAGCUACUGAGGCCUUACUUGCUACUGAUCCAGAAGUUUUACCAUGGGUUCAGAAGUACCAACGCAGCCGAGAAACAGUGUCCGAAACAGAUUAUGAGGUGGAUCUGAUAACCACUCUCACCAAAUUAAGUUGCUUGGGCCAACAAAUCAAUUAUGAAGCAUACACAUACCCUGUCCAAAAAAUUGAUGUGACCAAACUCAAAUUAUAGAGGAAGCAAAGCAUUUGCAAAGAACCAGCAGCAGCUGUAGCAAUUCAACAACUAUUAUUUCUCGAGAUUUUUUGGGCGAGGUUACCGAUGGUCCUUGCUAGAGCUAAUCAUGUAACUCGUGUCACACUCUGCUGUACUAUCCUAGUUUGUAAUCAUCGUUUAUAAGAUGGAAACAAUUUGCUUAUUGACUUGUGGGAAUUAUGAUGGACUUUUUUCUAAUGGAUUUUUUUCUAAUC